GGCUGAGGAGGAGCCGCCUGCGCGGCCCAGCGGCGGCGGCGGGCGGGCCGGACACACCGACCGAGCAGCCGCGGCGGAGAGGGGAGAACGGCGGCCCAGCCCGCACCGGCAGCGCUAUGGCCACCAAGGCCCGUGUUAUGUAUGAUUUUGCUGCUGAGCCUGGAAACAAUGAGCUGACAGUCAGUGAAGGAGAGAUCAUCAUAAUUACAAAUCCGGAUGUUGGUGGAGGCUGGCUAGAAGGCAAAAACAGCCAAGGUGAGAGAGGACUUGUUCCAACAGAUUAUGUUGAGAUUAUAACUGAAGAUGGAAUUAGCUGCGGUAACUCAUUAGCUGACCAAGCCUUCUUUGAUUCCCUUUCUUCAAACACAGCUCAGACCAACAUUGCUGCAAAAAGCAGUGAUCAGGCAAACAGUGCCAGUGAUCCUUGGUCCAGCUGGAAUGUUGGGAAGUCUGGGAACUGGGAUAAUGGAAAUGCUGUUGACAGCUGGGCAACAAAACAUGAAAGUGCAGCUGGCCAGAGAAACAGUGCUUCAAAUAACUGGGAAACAGGAGCAGCAUUUGGUCAUCCACAGGCCUAUCAAGGACCAGCUGCUGAUGACGAUGAUUGGGAUGAUGACUGGGAUGACCCAAAAUCAGCAUCACCAUCUUAUCUUGGUUACAAGGAGACUGAGCCAUCAGAGGCUGGGGGGGUCCAGCGUGGAAAUUCUCGUGCAGCUGCUAUGAAGUUACCACUUAACAAAUUUCCUGGAUUUGCAAAACCUGGGAUGGAACAGUAUCUGUUGGCAAAGCAGCUAGCAAAACCCAAAGAGAAAAUACCCAUAAUUAUUGGUGAUUAUGGCCCAAUGUGGGUUUAUCCUACCUCUACAUUUGACUGUGUGGUGGCAGAUCCCAAAAAAGGUUCUAAAAUGUAUGGUCUCAAGAGCUACAUUGAAUAUCAGCUUACCUGCAAUAACACUAAUCGGUCUGUCAACCACAGAUAUAAGCACUUUGACUGGUUGUAUGAGCGCCUCCUGGUUAAAUUUGGAUUAGCCAUUCCCAUCCCAUCUCUUCCAGACAAGCAAGUAACAGGGCGCUUUGAAGAAGAAUUUAUCAAAAUGCGUAUGGAGAGACUGCAAGCUUGGAUGACAAGAAUGUGUCGCCAUCCUGUUGUGUCAGAAAGUGAAGUUUUCCAGCAAUUUCUCAAUUUCCGAGAUGAGAAGGAGUGGAAAACAGGAAAGCGGAAGGCAGAAAAAGAUGAAACUGUAGGAGUCCUGAUCUUUUCUACAAUGGAACCAGAAGCUCCAGACUUGGACAUGGUAGAAAUAGAACAGAAAUGUGAUGCUGUGGGUAGGUUCACCAAAGCAAUGGAUGAUGGAGUUAGAGAGCUGCUGACAGUGGGACAAGAGCACUGGAAGAGGUGUACAGGGCCAUUACCAAAGGAAUACCAGAAGAUAGGAAAAGCAUUGCAGAGCCUGGCACUGGUCUUUAGCACGAGUGGAUACCAAGGAGAAUCUGAUCUCAAUGGAGCAAUAACAGAAGCAGGAAAAACCUAUGAAGAAAUUGCCAGUCUUGUAGCAGAUCAGCCCAAGAAAGAUCUUCACUUUUUGAUGGAAACAAAUCAUGAAUAUAAAGGAUUUCUUGGUUGCUUCCCUGAUAUCAUUGGAGCUCAUAAGGGAGCAAUAGAAAGAGUGAAGGAAAGUGAUAAAUUAGUUGCAACCAGUAAAAUAACACCACAAGACAAACAAAAUAUGGUGAAACGUGUGAGCACCAUGGCUUAUGCACUACAAGCUGAGAUGAAUCACUUUCACAGUAACCGGAUUUAUGACUACAACAGCGUCAUUCGUCUGUAUUUGGAGCAGCAGGCACAGUUCUAUGAAACGAUUGCACAGAAGCUGAGGCAGGCACUCAGCCGCUUUCCUGUGAUGUGAAGAAUAAGAAGUAGUCAGCAACAAAGAACAACUCCGAAGUGCUUUUUUUAAUUUGAGGGCAAUGCCAGUGAAAACUUGUUAGCCUUUGUCAGCCAAAAAGCAAAACAAAACAACAAAAAAACCAAAUCAAAUCCAAGCCACCAAAAAAGAAGCCCCAACAACAAAAAUCAGUUGUAGAAAAAAAAAUUAUUUAAAAUGCUACUUUAUCAGCCUAAAUCAUAUGGUAGGGUUCUCUUAUCUUGAAUGCUCUCCCAUUUGUAUCAUUUAAAUAAAAACAGGUAGGUAAUCCCGUGAGUUUAGAGAUCUAAAUUAUCAAACUAAUAUGUUGCCGCGGACUUUAUACAGACUUGUGCCUAUCACAUGGUCUUCCAAAAAAUCUUAACAUCAGAGCUACAAAUGUGUAUCUUUUCUUAAGUGGGAAAGCAGGUAAGCUUGAAAAAAUUAAUAUAUAAUUAUAUUGAAUUAAGGUCUAGUGAUUCAGUAGCCGGGAGGAAUUAUAUUUGUGUAUGUUUCUCAUACAUAUUCAUGAUAAUUUCCUGAAUGAACACUUUGUUCUAAGUUUUGCUUCCCAUAUGAAGCCAUGGCAUACUGCUCACGUUAUGACUUUUGGUAAGGAUCAUUCACUCUUCCCUUUCUAUUUUUCCUUCUGACUAAAUAUUGUACUUGUGGCACACCACCUCAGAGCUUAUGUCAGGCUCAUUCUUUCUUGCUAUGCACUGUGUAUAGAGACAAAGUUCAAAGAAGGAAAAAGCCAUUCAGAAAGGUGUGAGAAAGUUUUUCGUAUCAGCACUUUGACACCACCCCAAUGUUAUGGCAUAAGGUUCCUCAGUGCUGUACAAGGACAACUUCUUUUACCUCCCUGACCCUUCUAGGUGUUUCAGCAGAGGGGACACUGCAACAUCUAACCCAAACUAGUAGACAUCCCCAAAUUCCAACUAAGCUCAGGUCUCCGUGUGGUAGUACAGUUGUGCUGUUGGCUUGGCUUUACUAUUUUGUUUCCUUCUAAUGCAAAAAGGUGACAAAAGUACUGAAUAACAUCAUUAGAGAUCACAUAAACUUUAUGCUUUGAUCAUUAUCUCUUACCAGGUGGCCCAGUGUCCUUUUUCAUACUACUGAAAUAUCAUCUGUGGGCUGGGCUGUUCAAAACAAAAAGCCAGAAACGAUCCUGUUCAUAAGCGACACCAACUACAGUAAUUCAUUUAAUGUCAUAAGCAGGAAAGCAGAAAUGCAGUUUUUGCUAAAAUAUGCCUAACCUCCAAACAUUUUAGCAAAAAAAUCAGAUUUUUUUUGAAGGCAGACAUUCUUAGUGACAGAUACAGUCUGCUGGUUGAAUAGUUGCCUUACUCUGUUUUGCAUUGAUGUUAUCUUUGUGUGCAAGAAGGAAAAUCUGGGUCUGCCUAAAUAACCUGAAACCAAACAAGAAUAAGCCUAAGCCUAGAUGCUUUUCAGUCUCAUGGGUUUUGUUCGUUUUAUAAACCUGGUCUUUCUCUUUUCCCAGUUUUAGUAGUUCGCUUCCAAAAUUCCAUAGCAUUGUGUUGUUUGAUACAGCCAUUUAAAUAUGUACAAAUUGUAAAGAAUGUGUAUAAAUGUUUUACACCAAAUGUAAGAUCUGCUUGCAUGUAGAAGCAGCUUAUAUAAUAAAUUGUUACAAUAUGUACAGUAAAUCCUGAAA